UCAAAAGAUCAAGGAGAGGAACAGAGGAAAGAAAAUGCUGGUCAUAGAAAAGAGCUUUAUCUUUAACGGCCUGACAUCUUAUCCAUUUCUGAAGACAAAUGGCAGAGAAUUUGGAAUCAAAUUGGCUAGCAAGAGAGAUUUGCCUGAAAAUUCAACAACGACUCAGCAAGAAAACAUUUUCCCAUUGAGAGUGUCAAACCCAGUUCUUGCUCGCUCUGUUGUGGCAGUGCUGGGUUUGGGAUUCAUCGAUGCUGGGUACAGUGGAGAUUGGUCAAGGAUUGGAGUGAUAUCAAAGGAGACUGAGGAUUUGCUAAAGCUUGCUGCUUUUGUUGUUGUUCCUUUGUGUAUCUUUCUCAUAUUUUCUUUCUCCAAGGAACCAGAGCCUUGAUUCUAUUCUUUUGCAAAAUUUUCUUAGAUUUUGUAUAAAUUUUGAAGGUGAAAUGCAAGAUGAUGCUGUUCUAUCUGCUUUUUCAUGCAGAAACUUCAAUGAAGGAUGGCUGUUAUUGGGUAAUCACA